AUGGGUGUCCAGGGUAUGCUCUGCUUCCCCCUGGGGCUCGCGUUUGGCUUUGUGUUCCUUGUGGCCUCUGCUCCAGCCACUCUCGAGUCCCAGGGCUGCAACAACAAAGAGCAGCAGGUCACCGUCAGCCACACCUACAAGAUUGACGUGCCCAAGUCCGCGCUGGUGCAGGUGGAGGCGGAGCCUCAGCCACUUGGUGAUGAUGGGGCUUCACUCCUGGCCCCGGGGGAGGAUGGAGAGGAACAGAACAUCAUCUUUAGACACAACAUCCGCCUUCAGACGCCACAGAAGGACUGCGAGCUGGCAAGCAGUGUCCAGGACCUGCUAGUCCGAGUGAAGAAGCUUGAGGAAGAGAUGGUGGAGAUGAAGGAGCAGUGUAGUGUCCAGCGGUGCUGCCAGGGCACAACAGAUCUCAGCCGUCAGUGCAGCGGCCACGGGACCUUCUCACAGGUGACCUGCAGCUGCCGCUGCGAGCAGGGCUGGGAGGGCGCCGAGUGCGAGCGGCCCGCCUGCCCCGGGGCCUGCAGCGGUCACGGGCGCUGCGUGGACGGCCACUGCCUCUGCGACGAGCCCUACGUGGGGGACGACUGCGCCUACGGCCCGUGCCCCGAGGACUGCAGCGGUCACGGCGUGUGCGUGCGCGGCGCCUGCCAGUGCCACGAGGACUUCACCUCCGAGGACUGCAGCGAGCGCAGGUGUCCGGGAGACUGCAGCGGCCACGGCUUCUGCGACACCGGGGAGUGUUACUGCGAGGAAGGCUUCACGGGCCUCGACUGCUCCCAGGUGGUCUCCCCACAGGGCCUGCAGCUGCUCAGAAGCACAGAGGAUUCCCUGCUGGUGAGCUGGGAGCCCUCCCGGGAUGUGGACCACUACCUCCUCAGCUACUACCCCAUGGGGAAGGAACUCUCGGAGAAGCAGAUUCAAGUGCCCAAGGAGCAGAACAGCUAUGAGAUCCUUGGUUUGCUACCUGGAACCAAGUACGUAAUCACCCUGCGCAAUGUGAAGAAAGAGGUUUCCAGCAGCCCACAGCACCUCCUUGCCACCACAGACCUUGCCGUGGUUGGCACUGCUUGGGUGACAGAUGAGACGGAGAACUCCCUCGAUGUGGAGUGGGAGAAUCCCCCUACCGAGGUCGAUUACUACAAGCUGCAGUAUGGCCCCCUUACAGGACAGGAGGUGGCUGAGGUCACUGUGCCCAAAAGCAGUGACCCCAAGAGUCGAUAUGACAUCACAGGUCUGCAUCCUGGGACUGAGUAUAAGAUCACUGUUGUCCCCAUGAGAGGAGACCGGGAGGGCAAACCAAUUCUCCUGAAUGGCAGGACAGAAAUUGAUGGUCCAACCAACGUAGUCACAGACCGAGUGACAGAAGACACCGCGGCAGUGUCCUGGGACCCGGUGCAGGCCGUCAUAGACAAGUACGUGGUGCGCUACACCUCGGCUGACGGGAUGGCCAAGGAGACGGCGGUGCCCAAGGACCAGAGCAGCACCGUGCUGACGGGCCUGAAGCCCGGUGAGGCCUACAGAGUGCACGUGUGGGCAGAGAGAGGCAGCCAGGGGAGCAAGAAGGGUAACACCGAUGCCCUCACAGAAAUUGACAGCCCAGCAAACUUGGUGACAGAUCGCAUGACAGAGAACACGGCCACCGUGUCCUGGGACCCCGUGCAGGCCGUCAUUGACCGGUACAUGGUGCGCUACACCUCUGCUGAUGGAGAGACCAAGGAGGUCCCAGUAGGGAAGGAUCAGAGCAAAACGGAACUGACGGGCCUGAGGCCGGGCAUGGAGUACAAGGUGUAUGUGUGGGCACAGAAGGGGAGCCGGGAGAGCAAGAAAGCUGACACCAAGGCCCCGACAGAAAUUGACAGCCCCAAAAAUCUGGUGAUGGACCACGUGACAGAGAACACAGCCACCGUGUCCUGGGACCCCGUGCAGGCCGUCAUUGACCGGUACAUGGUGCGCUACACCUCUGCCGACGGAGAGACCAAGGAGGUCCCGGUGGGGAAGGAUCAGAGCAGCACGGAGCUGACGGGCCUGAGGCCGGGCGUGGAGUACACGGUGCAUGUGUGGGCGCCGGGCGUGGAGUACAAGGUGUAUGUGUGGGCGCAGAAGGGGAGCCGGGAGAGCAGGAAAGCUGACACCAAGGCCCCAACAGACAUUGACAGUCCCAAAAACCUGGUGACAGACCGGGUGACAGAGAAUACGGCCACCAUAUCUUGGGACCCCGUGCAGGCCGUCAUUGACAAGUACAUGAUGCGCUACACCUCUGCUGAUGGAGAGACCAAGGAGGUCCCGGUGGGGAAGGAUCGGAGCAGCACGGAGCUGACGGGCCUGAGGCCGGGCGUGGAGUACACGGUGCACGUGUGGGCGCAGAAGGGGAGCCGGGAGAGCAGGAAAGCUGACACCAAGGCCCUGACAGAUAUUGAUAGCCCCAAAAACCUGGUGGCAGACCGGGUUACAGAGAACACGGCCACCGUGUCCUGGGACCCCGUGCAGGCCGUCAUUGACCGGUACAUGGUGCGCUACACCUCAGCCGAUGGAGAGACCAAGGAGGUCCCAGUGGGGAAGGAUCGGAGCAGCACGGAGCUGACGGGCCUGAGGCCGGGCGUGGAGUACACGGUGCAUGUGUGGGCGCAGAAGGGGAGCCGGGAGAGCAGGAAAGCUGACACCAAGGCCCCAACAGAAAUUGACAGCCCCAAAAAUCUGGUGACGGACCGCGUGACAGAGAACACAGCCACCGUGUCCUGGGACCCCGUGCAGGCCAUCAUUGACCGGUACAUCGUGCGCUACACCUCUGCCGACGGAGAGACCAAGGAGGUCCCGGUGGGGAAGGAUCGGAGCAGCACGGAGCUGACGGGCCUGAGGCCGGGCGUGGAGUACACGGUGCACGUGUGGGCGCAGAAGGGGAGCCGGGAGAGCAGGAAAGCUGACACCAAGGCCCUAACAGAAAUAGACCCUCCGCAAAACUUCCACCCAUCCGGUGUAACGCAGUCUGGUGGGAUACUGACCUGGACACCUCCCUCAGCUCAGAUAGACGGCUACAUUCUGACCUUCCAGUUCCCAGACGGCACCGUUAAGGAGGUACAGCUUGGACGAGGGGACCGGAAGUUUGAGUCACAAGGCCUUCAGCAAGGUGUCACCUAUCCUGUUUCCUUGGUUGCAUUUAAGGGUGACCGCCGGAGCAGGAGUGUAUCCACCACGCUGUCCACAGUUGGUGCCCGUUUUCCACACCCUUCAGACUGCAGCCAGGUUCAGCAGAACAGCAACGUUGCCAGUGGCCUGUACACCAUCUACGUGCAUGGCGACGCCAGCCGGCCCAUGCAAGUGUACUGUGACAUGGACACUGACGGAGGCGGCUGGAUCGUUUUUCAGAGGCGGAACACUGGGCAGCUGGACUUCUUCAAGCGUUGGCGGAGCUACGUGGAAGGCUUUGGAGACCCUUUGAGGGAGUUCUGGCUUGGACUCGACAAGCUGCACAACCUCACCACUGGCUCCCCAACUCGGUACGAGGUGAGAGUGGAUCUGCAGACCGCCAAUGAGUCCGCCUAUGCUCUCUAUGACUUCUUCCAAGUGGCCUCCAGCAAGGAGCGGUAUAAGUUAACCGUAGGGAAAUACAGAGGCACAGCAGGGGAUGCUCUGACUUACCACAACGGAUGGAAGUUUACAACUUUCGAUAGAGACAAUGAUAUUGCUCUCAGCAACUGUGCCUUAACACAUCAUGGUGGCUGGUGGUAUAAGAAUUGCCACCUGGCCAACCCCAAUGGCAGAUAUGGCGAGACCAAGCACAGUGAGGGCGUGAACUGGGAGCCAUGGAAAGGACAUGAGUUCUCCAUUCCCUAUGUGGAGUUGAAGAUCCGCCCUCAUGGCUACAGCAAGGAGCCUGCCCUGGGAAGGAAGAAGCGGACAGUAGGAGGAAAGACUAGAACAUUUUGA